UCACAUAACCAACUAUGCCAUACACAAACACGCCGCGAACAAGAAAAAGAAACAACCUUAGCCGCUUCAACCUGAACUUAUGUUUCUCCAAUUCCAUGCAACCGUUCACACCCAAAUCUCCUCCGACAAUCCCCACCGCCACUUCCUCGACCGUUGAUCACAAUCACAACCGUCCAUCACCAGCCGCCAUGUCAUCAACCCCGAACUUUGACAAUGAUCGCAGUACCGUGACCCCACAAAACCCAUUUCCGAGCCUUGGACCCGAACCCGAACCUGCCGACCUAGCCACCGCUUUUGCCUCCCAACGUUUCUUCUUCACCUCCCCCGGCCGCUCCAACUCCAUCAUCGAAUCCGCCAACACCACCGACGCCGACUGUUUUACCACAUCCUCAUCCUCGCUGUCACCGGUGCCGGCAGACGAAUCCGCCACCAUCGACAAAAUACAGGACCAACUCAAGAGUCUCAUUCUUGGUUUGUCCAGUUCUGACGAGAGCGAAGCAAAGGCGUUAUUGGACCGCAGCGUUGCGGUAAGAAAGUACUCGCCGGACCCUUACGCGGACUUCCGGCAGUCGAUGGAGGAGAUGGUGGCGGCGCGUCCCGAGUUGAUGGACGUGGCGGCCAAAUGGCGCGAGCUGCACGAGCUUCUUCUUUGCUAUCUUGCGCUCAACCCGAAGAGCACGCACAAGUUCAUUCUCCGUGCUUUUUCUGAUUUUCUCCUCAGCCUCAUAUCGCGUUCUUAUUUGCCGCCGCAGGAUCCCGGUUCCGGUGACAUCGCCGGCGACGGUGGUGGAUGCUUGAGUUAGAUAACUAUUGAGAAUUUGUAUGUGCAUCUGUAAGUUGAAAACUUAACGUAGGUGCCAGACAGUGACUAUUUUUUGGUAAUUCAGACAGUGAUUAAUUAAUUAGUGGUAUAAUCAACAUUAUUUUUCA